AUGGAAGAAACUAAUACAAGAUGUUCUAUUUGUUUGUCAGAUAUUGAGAAUCAAACAAAAAAUAAUCAAUGUAAUCAUAUAUAUUGUUUUGAUUGUAUAUUUAAUUGGGUAAAAAGUAAUGAUUCUUGCCCAUUAUGUAAAGUAAAGAUUAAAGAAUUAAUAAAUAAUGAUAAUGAAAUUAUUAAAGUUGAAGAACCAAAGAAACCAGCACCAGAGAAUGUUGAAGCUGAUAUUAGUUGUUUAGAUAACAAAUUCUUUUUAGAAGAAGUUGAAAAGUUAUUAUCAAUUUCACAUAGUAUAGUAUUACAAAUGGAAGGAUUAAUGACAUCACAUAAAAAAGUGUACGUUACACCAACAAUGACAACUGAAGAUACCAACAGAUUGAAUCAAAUCACUGAUAGAUUAUAUAUACUUCAAAAGGAUUUAGAAAAUUAUGAAAAUGCAUUCGACCCUGAAGAUUUAUUAUCAACAUUAUACAUUUACGAAACCACUUUAACAGAUCUUAAAAAUAUUUAUUUAUCAGAAUUUUUAAAUAAUAAUAAUUUAAAUGGUAAUAAUUAUAGUAAUAGAAAUAGAAAUAAAUAUAAACAAAAUCAUACUACUAGUGGAGAUAUAAGAGGUGGUUAUACUAAUUACAAUGAUGAUGACUAUGAAUCUGAUGAAUAUGAAGAUGAAGAUUAUUAUGAAAUUCAAGAUCAAAUUUAUAAUAAAUCUAAUAAUAAUAGUGGUGGUGGUAAUGGUAAUGUUAGUAGAAAUUCAAAAUUAAAUAAUAGUAAUAAUAAUAAUUUAAAUUUUAAUAAUAAUAAUAAUAAUAAUAAUAAUAAUAAUGAUAAACCGACACCAAGUAAAAGAUAA